GGCAUAUACAUGACCAACAACAAUCCUACGGUGACCUAGUUAGCGUAAACCUAGGGUGGCCGAAUCACUAAGUAGUGGGAUGCCUUACGCCACAUUGAACGGCGUACACUUCUCUUCAUUCAUAACAGCCUCUCAUCAAUUUAAAGGCACACACUCAUUUCUCAUACUAUGUGAAUGCCCCUUCAUUUCUGUAGUAGUUCAUCACCAUGGACGCCCAAACCCACCAAAACUUGCCGGAAACCGCCGCUCACCGGCAACCCACAUCCGGUUUUCCGUCCAACCUCUUGCACAGAGUCAAAGAGAAUCUGGUUUUCAAGUCAAAAUGGGCCGAAUUGAAUGGUGCAAUGGGGGACUUGGGCACCUACAUUCCCAUAAUGUUGGCCUUGACACUAGCCAAGGACCUAGACCUCGGCACAACAUUGAUUUUCACCGGCGUCUACAACAUUGUCACUGGGGUCACAUAUGGUGUCCCAAUGCCCGUCCAACCCAUGAAGGCCAUCGCCGCCGUGGCCAUAUCCAACCCCGAUUUCGGCAUCCCGGAGGUCAUGGCGGCCGGGAUAUGCACCGGUGGGAUUCUAUUCGUACUGGGUGUCACAGGGUUGAUGCAGCUAGUGUAUAAGCUGAUUCCACUGUCUGUUGUUAGGGGGAUUCAGCUAGCACAAGGGUUGUCAUUUGCUAUGAGUGCAGUCAAGUACAUAAGAAAUGUACAAGAUUUUGCCAAGUCAAAGUCUAGUGGUGAGAGGCCUUGGUUGGGGUUGGAUGGGUUGGUUUUGGCUCUUGUUUGUGCUUGUUUCAUAGUGAUAGUGAAUGGCGCUGGUGCUGGUGAUGAAAAGAGUGAAGAAACAGAGUCCAGUAGUACUACUGAAGACAGGGUUGGAACGAGGAGGGACAGAUUGAGAAAGAUGUUAUAUUCUCUUCCUUCAGCUUUCAGUAUCUUUUUGUUGGGUGUGGUUUUGGCCAUUUUAAGAGGGCCUAAAGUGGUAAAAGGGUUCACAUUUGGGCCAUCUUCUAUUCAAGUUGUGAAGAUAUCUAAGCAUGCAUGGAAGGAAGGGUUCAUCAAGGGGACAAUCCCUCAGAUCAGUUUGUCAAUCCUGAAUUCUGUCAUCGCCGUGGGGAAGUUGUCGUCGGACCUUUUCCCGGGAAAGGAUUUCUCAGCAACGUCGCUGUCGGUGACGGUGGGACUAAUGAAUCUGCUGGGGUGCUGGUUUGGGGCCAUGCCAUGCUGCCAUGGUGCAGGGGGGCUUGCUGGGCAGUACAAGUUUGGCGGGAGGAGUGGUGGGUGUGUGGCACUUCUAGGUGCAGCCAAGUUGGUUCUGGGAUUGGUCUUGGGGAGCUCUAUAGUGAAGGUAUUGGACCAGUUUCCUGUUGGGGUCUUGGGGGUUCUGUUGUUGUUUGCUGGAAUUGAGCUAGCCAUGUGCUCAAGGGACAUGAGUUCUAAGGAGGAGUCUUUUGUGAUGCUUCUGUGCACUGCAGUUUCGCUCGUCGGCUCGAGUGCGACCCUCGGCUUCUUGUGUGGGAUUGUUGCACAUUUGCUUCUUAGGCUAAGAAAAUAUAGUAAAGAUCAAUCUUGUUCUAUGGUGUGGAUGCAUGGAAAUCCAUAACUAAUGUAUAGUUGCAUCUGUAAUUUGUGAAUAAAGAACCUAAUCCUUGUACACCAUUGCAAUGGUUUUCUUUACUUGCUGCCAAACACCCCCUUUUGGGGAGAUGAAAGGGUCAAAUAAAGGAAAAUGAACAAGAAAGAGCACAAUGAGCCAUAGUAACCAUGGUUCGUUGUAUCCACACGUGACUCUUUUUCAAGUCCAAUAAGCAAUUCGUAUCAAUCAGUUUAUAGUGAUU